AUGUCCCAAGCAUACUCACUCAAACUGGUUAUUCCUCUCAGUAUUUUAUCAGUGAGCGUUAUAGUAACCAAUACACUUGUCUGCCUGUUGGUGUACAAGGUCAAAUCAAUGCGCAACUACACCAAUGGAUUUGUAGUAUCGCUCGCCAUUUCUGAUAUUGUGACAGGUGUUGCUAUCCUCAUCCAAUAUAACGCCAAGCUCCACGAAUGGUCUCGAGCAGCACUUAACGUCUUGUACGCUAUUGUGCUUUUCGUGGGGGCAUCAAAUCUCUGCGCAGUGACUUAUGACAGAUACUUGGCAAUUUUGCACCCAUUUUCAUACGCUGAAACGAUAGCGAAAGUUUUCAAAAUCGUCGUGCCAGUAAUUUGGAUCUUCUCGGUGGUGGUCGCAUGUAUACCGCUUACAUGGGAAGGAGGUACGACAAUUCUCCACACAAGAAUUUACAUCGUCCUCUCUCUCAUCAUUUGUAUAGCUCUACCUUACGUCCUAAUAGUCUGUGCAAAUUAUAAGAUCUUUCGAUUAGUGAGGCAAUGUGUGCGUCGUGAGCGAGAACUGAGCAUCUCUUCGCAUGCUUCGAAAGCGGAUACGAAAAAAAAAUGUACGCCAAGGAAGAUUUCCUCUGAAGCUAAAGUGGCGAGGGUCUUCGCUGUAGCAUCAUUUAUGUUUGUGUUGAGUUAUUUUCCAAGUUUAUUUUGGUCGGCAGCGAACGCCGUGGGCCAUAAAGAAGUGGUUCCUACGCUUUUACUGGACUUCUCGCCUUUCUGUGUGGUUUUUGGAUCUCUUGUUAAUCCUGUUUUGUACUCGUUCAUGAAACCGGAUUUUCGUAGAGCCCUGGAGAAAAUUCUUAGUGGAAAACGAGCCUAUCUGAACGCGAGAAGAUCUCAGAGGUCAUCAAUGCCAAGCAUUGGAGAAACAUACUCUACGCCAAUUGUUCCAAUGAAGACAAAGCAAACUCUAGUAGUCAAUGGUGUGUUGUGCAAAGGGAGCGAUCCUACCGAGAGCAAUGUCUAA